UUCAAGUGUUUUUUAAUUUGCUACAGUUUUUCGUUUUCUUUUUUUGUUUGACUUAUAUAACCUAACCUAAAAAAAUAGUUUAGGUUGCGAAGAUGCCGUGUAUAAGAAUGUUCAGUGAUGCUGCGGCUUAAUUUACGCUGUAACUUAAAAUACAAUGGAAGUUGUAUUGAUUAUUUCUUAGAAGCGUGGCAGGGAGUGUUAUGACAGGGAAACAGGUGCGCGGUCAUCAACCCUCGCCGUUAUAAACAUUGAUCUGUAUGAAAACUCUAUAAGAGGCUAAAGGAAUGGCCUCUGCAAGUAUUUUUUUUCUAACAAUCAACAUGUGACAUCCGCCCAUAGGUUUUAUUUGUCAAAAUGCAGAAGAAAGAAGAAAGUUUCGAACAGAAAAGAUUGGAACUCGAGGCAUGGCUUCAAAGGAUGGAAUCGCGACUGGCGUCCAUGGCAGCUGUGGGACACACCGCCGAUGUACUCGAAGUUCAGCUCAGGGAACAAAAAGGACUACAUGCAGAACUUCAUCAAUUUAAAGCACAAAUCGAAUCCUUUCAACAACUUACCCAAAGACUGAUCACGGCACACCAGCAUGAAGACACUAGUCGAUACAAGAAGGCAGCUGAAUACAUUAACCAACAUUACUAUCGUUUGGAUGCGUGUGUUAUUAACCGGGGGAAGUUACUACAUUCCGCUUUAAGCUCUCUACAGAACCUAGACCGCUCUCUCGAUAAAUUCUUAGCCUGGCUCAGCGAAGCCGAAUCUGUGAUUGAAACUUUGGAAGGGGAUCCAGAAUCUCGUAGAGCCUCUCAUCAACUGAAAGAGCUACAAGCCGACAUUGAAAGACAGGCUCCUGCUCAUGCAGCUCUUCGAUCUUCCAAUUUGGCAUUGCUUGGAUCGAUGGCCCCAGAAGACGCGUUAAUGCUGCAACUAAAAGGAGAUGAAAUGGAAAGACGCUGGCAAGCUUUGAAAACUAGAACUUCUGAUCUGAGGAAUCGUUUAGAACAUAAUGCUGACUAUUGGAAUGCUCUUUUACUGUCAUUAAGAGAACUAACUGAGUGGGUUAUUAGAAAAGAUACAGAAUUGGGAUUAGCAGCUAGACAAGACGACCAUCGAGCGUUUCGCCAGCAGUUAGAAGACAAAAGGCCGUUAGUUGAAGCUAGCUUGAGAAGUGCCCGACAGUUUGUGGCUGGAGAUCCUUCUGGAGAAUUAGCCAGAAAUUUGAGAAGAGAGUUAGUCAAACUUUCAGAUAAAUGGAACGCGUUAAUCGACAAAUCAGAUCAGUUAGCAGCACGAUUCGAACAAAAUACAAUUAAAUUAAAACAGCUAACAUUAAAUCUGGAGGAAGCUUCGGCAGCUGUUUCACGCCUUGAAAGAGCUACAUUAAGUUGGAGUGGUCCUAGAAGUGCAGCAGAGGCUAGAGAACUUUUAGCAAGUUUACGAAAUUUAGAAACUCAACUUCCUCAAUUGCAAAGAUCUCUUGAAGAAGCACGAAUACAAGCUGCUUCUUUAGGAAAUGCCUUACCUAACAAUUUAGCCACACAGCUAGAAGAUUGUAGUGCGAGAUGUAGAGCACUACAAGCAGCAAUUAGGGAAAGAAGAGAGCAGCUGACUAGCACAACACAAGGAGAAAUAUCACCAGGACCGUCCAGUGUCCAACCUCCUUGGGAACGUUCUACAACACCUAACAAAGUACCAUAUUACAUAAAUCACAGUACUGAAACAACGCACUGGGAUCAUCCUCAAAUGUUAGAACUGGCAACUUCUCUUCUUCAGUUGAAUGAAGUGAGGUUUUCUGCAUAUCGGACUGCCUUAAAACUAAGAACAAUCCAAAAAAAGCUAUGUUUGGAUUUAGUCGGAAUCAAUGCUGCUUCUGAAGCUUUCGAUUUACAUGGUUUAAGAGGUCAGAAUGACAAAUUGUUAGACGUUGCUGACAUGGUUUUAGUUUUAAGAGCAAUCUAUGGAGCUGCUGCUGCACAACAGCCUGCAUUGGUUGACGUCCCUUUAUGUGUUGACUUGGCGUUGAAUUGGUUAUUAAAUGUUUAUGAUAGUCAGCGUACUGGGCAGCUAAGAGUCCUCAGUUUUAAGGUGGGACUAACUUUGUUAAGUAAAGGACAUUUAGAAGACAAAUACCGGUAUCUAUUUCGUCUUAUAGCCGAUCCUCAACAGAAAGCAGAUCAAAGGAAACUUGGAUUGUUACUACACGAUGUUCUGCAAGUUCCUAGACAACUAGGGGAAGUUGCGGCCUUUGGAGGUUCAAAUAUUGAACCAAGUGUUCGCAGUUGCCUUGGUGAACGUGAAGACUUAGAGGCUACACAUUUUUUAGCGUGGCUAAAACAAGAACCCCAAUCUUUGGUUUGGUUGCCUGUUCUUCACCGAUUAGCAGCAGCAGAAACUGCUAAGCAUCAAGCCAAAUGUAACAGUUGCAAACAGUAUCCAAUCGUGGGGUUACGAUACAGGUGUUUAAAAUGUUUUAAUUUUGACAUGUGUCAGUCAUGUUUCUUCGCGGGAAGGUUAACCAAGGGUCAUAAAUUAUCUCAUCCUAUGCACGAGUAUUGUGCGGCCACAACAUCUGUUGAAGAUAUGAGAGAUUUUACCAAGGCUUUGAAAAAUAAAUUCAAAGGCAAAAGAUAUUUUUUGAAACAUCCCAGAAUGGGAUAUUUACCAGUACGUUCUGUCCUAGAAGGUGACGAAUUGGAAAGUCCUGUAGCAUCUCCACAACAUAAUGACAUGCAUUCGCGUUUAGAAAUAUAUGCUAGUCGUUUGGCAGAAGUUGAAUUGCGUGCUGCUUCUCCAGAAGAUGAGCAUCGUCUUAUAGCUGACUAUUGCCAAACGUUAGAAGGAGGUCCUGCAAGUCCUGGCCAACUCAUGUUAGUAAUUGAUGAAGAACAGAGAGCAGAAUUACAGGAGAUGAUAAGAGAGUUAGAAGUAGAAAAUGCCGCUUUAAGACAAGAAUAUGAACAGUUGCAAAGAGGUGCAACUCCUCACCCACCUCAACCCCAGCAUGACGUGUUAGCAGAAGCGAGGUUGCUAAGACAACAUAAAGGAAGAUUGGAAGCCAGAAUGCAAAUCUUGGAGGAUCAUAAUAGACAAUUGGAAGCCCAGCUACAGAGAUUGAGACAGUUAUUAGAUGAACCUCCUACGUCUACACUACAAACAAGAAGCGUCACAGCGUCCCAAUUGAAUCAAGAUACUCCAGCUCAAAAACGGUCAGUGCAGAAAUAGCAGCAUCUAUAUUCUGUGGUUUGAUGUCCGUCAAAGGAAAUUCAUUCUUCUUGGCAUCAAUGAAGUUAAUGUUUUAAUGCCUAAAAAAUCAUAGUUUGGUGUAAUAUCUCCAACCUGUACCUGCCUUAAGGACCAGCAUCGUUGUAGAGGUGUUAGUAAAACAAGAUUACUACCACCAUCGAACUGAUCGAAGUAAAUGACAUUUUCAGUAGCUAUGAGCCCACACAAUCAGCCGAACUGGUCCAACUUACUUACUUUAGUUACCGUACAAAUGACAUCGACGAUCUGCUGGGAGAGCGUGUUAAAGUUUUCAUAUCCAUAUGAAGAGGUGAUGGAUGAGUACACAUUUGAUUUUAUGUGACGUUUAAUAAAAACUGGAAAAAAAAUU